AUGCGCUCCAGGAUACAAGGGAAGCAGCUCCUUGAAAAUUUCCCAGCUGCCAGAGCAUCUGCAGGGCAUGUGGUCACCUCCCUCCAAUUUGCCGGCUUGGCCUUGCAAAGCCAGCACAUGCCCUUGUAUGCCUCUUUGUAUUCCUCAGUCAAGGUAGGCUCGCUCAGCCCUUUGGAAGUCUUCCUGUGCCACAUCACCGACUUCCUGGCACCUGACGCUUUGGAUGAUUAUCGUUGGGAUCAGCUGCAGCUGAUGCAAGGCAUUGGACCAGAAAAUGUGGUGUUGCAUAAUUGCCGAGGUUUGUCAAAUUCAAUUCCUUUGCAACGAGAUCCAGUAGAACGAGCGCGGAUGCUGAGACUUUUGAGAAACCUACAGAACCUCCUGGUGAAGUUUCAAAGUGGAAAUCCCGAGAAACGGAUUGAGGCAGAAACAGAGAUUCAGAAGAAGGAGAAGAAGAACGGACUGAUGAUUCAGACCAUUCCCAACCUGGAGAUGGAGAUGACCCAGAAGGUGGCCCAGAUCGCGAAGACAGUCGCGACUAUGACUACGAUGAUGAUGACCAUCGUGGUGGUGGCGCUGGUGGCUACAGCGGCAUUGGUGGAAGUGGACCUCACCAUGCGCGAGUCGCGGUCGCGGGGCGGCCUUCAUCAAGCGCUAUGCCUUCAAGAAGCGCUGGUUAGAUAG